GUCGUGAACAUCUGCGUGUGGGUGUUGGCUUCGGCUUUCGGGAUUCCAGCCAUGGUGAUGGGGAAUGUUGAGGAAGAGCAGGAGCACAACAGUGUUGAGUGCAUCAUGGUUUUACCUGAACCAAGGAGUCACUGGGAUCCUGUGUUCGGCACCUGCGUCUUCUUCUUCUCCUUCCUCAUCCCUGUAGCUAUUAUCAGCAUCUGCUACAGCUUGAUGGUCAAGCGCCUACGCAGCGUCCGCAUCCUGUCUGGCUCCAAGGAAAAGGACCGCAACCUGCGGCGCAUCACCAGGAUGGUUCUGGUGGUGGUGGCAGCGUUCGUGGUGUGUUGGACGCCCAUCCAGAUCAUGGUCCUGGCUCAGUCGCUGGGCUUCAACCUGAGCAGCUUGUUCACACUGGUCCUGAUGCACUUCUGCAUCGCGCUGGGCUACGUCAACAGCAGCUUGAAUCCUGUGCUCUAUGCUUUCCUGGAUGAGAACUUCAAGCGCUGCUUCCGCGAGUUCUGCCUCCCGUCACCGUUCCGCCUCGACACCCAGCAGUCAGGCAGGAUGAGGAGCAUCGCCAGGGAGGUGGCAGCCGCCUACAGCUGCAAGGCUGGAGAUGGUGGGGGGCUCGGUGGAGGGACACCUAAUCCCGCAUGACUAGGCGUGGAGCUCCCCUUGGUGGGGGUAGACCCCCAGCAGCGGAGGGAGACGCAGGGCACAGGGAACUCCAACACAGAAUUAACUCAGAUUACAGCUCUCUAGCGGCACGAGCCCUCCCGCCCUCCGACUAGAAGACUUGCCUGGGGCGGGGGGGAGGGAGAUGAAGAGGAUGAGGCCGAAAGGAAAAGAAUUUAGGAACAAAGACGGGUAGAGUGCUCGUGAUGGGCGGAGGGAUACGUAGAAACCUUGGGUAGGAUAGUGCCAGAAGCAGCUGAACCCUUCGUGCUACGAUGGAGCGACAGAUGAGAGAAACCUUGAUGGACGUAGACAUGAUGUAAUCUGACUUUUACUGCAGCUCCAAACACAUCAGCCAAAACAAAAACUAGGUCUGUUACCAACCAGCCGCUGCAGCUCGAGCUCUGGAGAGGCUGGAGCGUAACUUCCACAGAACGAACAAACAAUAAGUGAAGGAGCUGCUGAUACCAAAUCUCUGAAACCACCGUGUGCUGCUUGUAGAAAGAACUUUUGAUCCCCAGUGGUUUGAAGCAGUGAACAGAAAAAUGUGAUUGUGACUGAAUAAUCUGCUGCUGGUGUGAUAUCAGGUCUGAACACAGUGUGUGACACGAUGUUUCAAUUAGACGUUGGAUGACAAACAGACCAAUCUUGAACUAUAUUUCCGAAGCUGUGUCUCGACCCACAGACGGUCACAUGAAUGUUAUUUCUCACAGCAGCAACAUUUCUAAACGUGAAGUGAAACAAUUCUAAGAAUUCUUUUCCUAAAACCGAUUCUUAGAGUUUUUGUGAUUUUUGAAAACUUUCUACCGUCACCUGAGGGCUGUUGAAAUGUAGAGUUGUUAGUGAGGGACGACAAAUUCAAACACACGAGAGAUCCAGAGUUUUUGGGACGGUUCCUGUUUGUGGUGCGUCCACAUGUGAAUUAUGAAUUCUCCUUGAUCCAAACAGGAAAACUCCUUUAUGACAUUUGCAGCUUUUGCCAAAACCAAUCUUUGAACAUCACCUGGUAAAAAAAAACGUAAAAGCUGUUUCUGUUAUUUACAUCAAGCACUUAUGGAAGAUAAGAUGCCUUAAGUUCACCUGGAAUCAUCAUUUGUCAGAUAAAUCCAGUGAUGAUGAUGAUGAAGAUUAAAACCAUGAGGACAGUCUGAGGCCGGCUCACCAGACUCAUCACACAUCUGUGAUUGUACCUUUCACUCACAGUAUCUGCAUCGUCUCAUGGAAGUCAUAUAAAUACGGUGAUGUCCUCUGAGCUGGUCGGCUCAUGAUUGUUGCUUUUAGGAGGAAGUGAUGAAAAAAGGCGUGAUUCAGGAUUUACACACAGAACCUUUGUUCAUCUAUGUGUGAAGUUGUUUUACUGACGACGGCUCCACAACAUUAACCACUUGAGCAAGUUUACAUGUGAAGCAUCGUUACUGUCCUGUACGUAUGCAGGCAAACUGUGAUGGAGCGUUCACGCCUCUCUACACAUCAAACUUUAUUCUAUCCAUUGUUGAAAGUCACUGGAGACGGGUCCUGGCACUGAUCCCAGCCGGUGGGUCACCAGACUGGUGGGGCUCAGAACCAUCGGACUUCCAGACGCCGGCAGAAGACAGUGAAACUUCCUCUGUGACCUUUUCUCAACUGGUUCAACCAUCAGUUGUCGUCCCCCUCUUGUCUUUUCCUACAGAGACAUUCGGUGUGAACGCAGCGUUUUGGACAUUAUGCAUCUGUCAGCAUAUCGUUGUUUCUGUUAUUCUUGCCAUGCACAUGUUCAGCGUCUGCUGAACCAGAACAUCCGACUGUGAUUCCAGAUGAUUGGAGGUGUAAAAUAUAGACCGAGUAUAAAGUAGGUCAUGAAAAACUCUGUAGAAAACUCCGCCUUCAUCCCUGUGUGAGUUUCUGCAGUGGGAACGUCACCGAAUUCCUGAAGUCGACAGAAGUGAAGGAACGAGGCGCUCACUGUUCCAGUCGAAGCCUCGACCCUCUGAUGAGAUGGUGGUCAGGUUCUGAGUCAGGGUCUGAGUCAGGUUCUGAGUCAGGUUCUGAGUCAGGUUCUGUGUCAGGGUCUGAGUCAGGGUCUGUGUCAGGUUCUGAGUCAGGUUCUGAGUCAGGGUCUGAGUCAG